AUGGCGAAGGAGGCUGAUAAGGCCCAUGAAUGCAGGAGGGAAAGUGGACGCUGCGUUCCAGAGAGGCGCUGCAGACAGUCCGUGCCCAAUGUUGCAUGUGGAAAAGAGGGACACGUAUGUUGCAUGAGAGAUUCAGUUGUCGGUCGAAACAAAAUCGGCAAAAGCGACGGAGCCCAGAGAAAUCAAGCGAAAACGAAGAAACUAAUUUAUAAUAAGAAAAAGAUCCAAACACAAGGCUCCAAGAAAUGUACGAAGGAUUAUGGGAGAUGUAAGUCCAAGUGCCGCGGUCAUUCUGAUAAAACAAGAGCGUGUCCCAACGGUAAGGUGUGCUGUAGAAACCCUGCAAAGACUCGGAGCCAAGUUAUAGCCAAGGCAAACGACUGCACGGCAGCAGGAGGAGUUUGCAAGAAACCUAACAAAAAGUGCAAAGAGCCUCUUUCCUUCCAAUGCCCAGACAAGGAUAGAAGCUGCUGCAAGAAAACCACAAAGAACAACUGCAAAUCGAAGGGCUUUGGAUGUGUAAAAAAUUGUAGGGGAACGACCAUGAAAUUUAAUGGUUGUAAGGAAGGAAGAGUCUGCUGCAAGCAAGCACAGAAAGGGAACUGCAAACAAGUGGGAGGAAACUGUAAAGAAGAAGCAAAAUGUAACACGGAAGUCUUAAAGCCCAACAAGCCAUGCAAAGAUGGAAAGAUUUGUUGCAAAAAGGGAAAUAAUAAAUGUAAAGAUCUGGGAGGCAGAUGUCGAAAGGAAGCCAAAUGCACAGGGCAAAUAUUUACUCCCUCUAUACCAUGCAAGGAUGGUAACGUCUGUUGUAAUAAAGAAAAUGAUAAAUGCAAAGAUCUGGGAGGUAGAUGUCGAAAGGAAGCCAAAUGCACAGGACAAAUAUUUACUCCCUCUAUACCAUGCAAGGAUGGUAACGUCUGUUGUAAUAAAGGAAAAGAUAAAUGCAAAGAUCUGGGAGGUAGAUGUCGAAAGGAAGCCAAAUGCACAGGGCAAAUAUAUUACACUCUAUACCAUGCAAGGAUGUCUACACCACUUACUAUGUCUGCUUCCAAAAAAUCCCAAAAUUCAUACCGAUCAAAAGACUACAAAAAACAUGGGUUACUCAAGAGCUUGCAAUACAGCCAUAACCUCGGCUUCCCUUAUCUUCUCGAACCCGCGUCAGAUCCUCCCCUCGUCUAG